AUACUCUUCACCCAUCAUCAGUCUGCCUCCAGUCGGACCUACACCUCCUUCCUCUCUCCCCCCACCACCUCUCCCAGAAACAACCAUGCACCUGAGCGCGUACGAGUCGUGCCAUUCCCUGGUUGUACUUUGCAUCCUGCUGAGGAGUUGUCACGCCUUCAAGAACGACGCCACGGAGCUGCUGUUCUCGCACGUGAGCGCGCCGGUGCCGGAGGUUCAGAGUAAUGUGACCCUGAACCGCGCACGGACCGGCGGGAGAGGAGCGGCCGGCGGGGCGCACGACAGAGGCGAGCGAAGCCAAAUCGGGUGCAGAGAGCUGAGGUCUACUAAGUACAUCUCCGACGGCCACUGCACCAGCAUCAACCCCAUCAAGGAGCUGGUGUGCGCUGGUGAGUGUCUCCCAGCUCAGAUGCUUCAGAACUGGAUCGGCGGCGCCUACGGCAGGAAGCUGUGGAGUCGCCGGAGCAGCAACCACGAUUGGCGGUGCGUCAACGACAAGACCCGCACCCAGCGCAUCCAGCUGCAGUGCCAGGAUGACAGCACGAGAACGUACAAAAUCACCGUGGUCACCUCCUGCAAGUGCAAGAGGUACUCGAGGCAGCACAACGAGUCGGGCAACAAGUUCGAGGAGCCAGCUCUGUCGCCGCCACAGCUCCUGCACAAGCACAAGUCCAAGAGCAAGAGGAGGCUGGGGAAGAACCGGCUGAGUGAGAACUGGCACGACACUGAACCCUGAGACUCUCUCUGAUCCACAUGAACCUGCAGGAGUUUUGUCACGGUGACAUCGAGACACGGCGUCCAGAGCUUGUGGAUUAUCUCUCAAAGUGACUGGGACUUUUUUAGGUGAAGCUGGUUCCUCACUAUGAUGGAGACCUCCAGAGGGCACGCUUAGGACUUCUCUUGACAUUUGAAUCCAUGUGGUUAAAAGAUAAUGUGAACAGAACUGGGGUGUGCAGUCUGCAGAGCUUUCUGGAGCCCGACACACACAGUCCCAGAUGUAGCCAUGUGCAUGCGCUCCUAUAUAUUCAUUUAAUACGCAGAUGGAAAUCUGUAGUUUAGGCACCAACACCAGUAAACAUCUCAAACAAUCCUGUGUAAAUACUUGUACAUAUAUCAAAUUCUUACCUGCCUUUUGAAGUAUGGCCAUGUGUAUAAAAUGUUACUAUGUAAGAUUUAUGAUGUAUGAUGUAAUAUAUUUUCUGUGGCACCAUAUAAUAUGAUACGUUUGCUUGAAUGGCGUCAGCAGGUGGGUGAAAUCUGGAAAAGCUUUGUCAUCAGUCAGUCUUGUAAUAACUUUAUAUGAAAUAAAUAUCACU